AUGUCAGGUUACGGCUAUCCGGGAGGCUACGGUCCGCCACAGCCUCAGUACCAGGGCAACAACUACUACCAACCUCCUCCUCAAGGGUACAACAACGGCUACCCGCCGCCGCAAGCAGGGCAUCCGCCUCCUCAGUCCUACGCCUACAAUCAACAACCUCCGCAACAGCCCUACUACAACCAGAUCGGUUAUCAGGGUCCGCCCCCGCAACAGCACGCCGGCUAUAACCAACCACCGGGCCAGUACGGCAGACCUGGGGUGCCCACCGCGAACUCGAAUGCCUACAACCAUGGCAACUAUAACGCGCCUCCCCCACCACCCACCACUCCGCAACACUUUGGCCACGGCGCCCCUACGGGCUACGCCUUUCAAUAUAGCAAUUGUACCGGCCGGAGGAAAGCUCUGCUCGUUGGCAUAAACUACUUUGGUCAACGGGGACAGCUCCGCGGUUGUAUCAACGAUGUUAGGAACAUGUCAGGCUACCUCGUCGAGAAUUUCGGCUACAAGCGGGAGGACAUGGUCAUACUCACCGAUGACCAGCAGAACCCCAUGAGCCAGCCUACGAAACAGAACCUCCUACGUGCCAUGCACUGGCUUGUCAAGGACGCGAGGCCGAACGACUCGCUCUUUUUCCACUACUCCGGUCACGGUGGUCAAACGAAAGACCUGGACGGUGACGAGGAUGAUGGCUACGACGAAGUUAUCUAUCCCGUAGACUUCCGUCAGGUCGGUCACAUAACCGAUGAUGAAAUGCACCGAAUCAUGGUUCGGCCUCUGCCAUCCGGGGUCCGGUUGACCGCCAUCUUCGACUCGUGCCAUUCUGGUACCGCACUGGAUCUGCCCUACAUCUACUCCACCCAGGGUAUCCUCAAGGAGCCCAAUCUUGCCAAAGAGGCUGGUCAAGGUCUGCUCGGCGUUAUAUCAUCAUACAGCCAAGGCGACCUUGGUGGUGUUGCGACCAACAUCAUGGGCUUCUUCAAGAAGGCAACCGGUGGCGAAGACGCUCACAACAGAGCUAUGGCAACCAGGACUUCAGCAGCAGAUGUCAUUAUGCUUUCCGGAAGCAAAGAUGAUCAGACUUCUGCCGACGCAACUAUUGCGGCCCAGGCUACUGGUGCCAUGUCAUGGGCCUUCAUCACGGCCUUGAAGAAGAAGCCGCAACAAAGUUACGUGCAACUUCUCAACAGCAUUCGAGAUGAGCUGUCCAAACGGUAUACCCAGAAACCACAGUUGUCUUGCAGCCAUCCUUUAAAUACGAACCUGCUGUUCGUAAUGUAA